CAGAUUGGUGGCAUUGCUUUACUAUGUGUUUACAUGUUUAGGAAGAAACUUAAUGAAGACAACACUAUAUUGGUUAUCAUUUUCGCAGUAUCAGCAUUAUUCAUUUCGUUGAAGUACUGGGAAAAUUUUGUAAAAUCGUCUGCCGACAAAAGCAACUGGCUGUCACAUUUGAAAUGGAUCUACCAAACAAGACGUACAAAAAUGAUGUGUAUUGUUAGCUUCUGGAAAACCAUAAUAUCUUUUAUAACAAUCAUUGUUUUAUACGCAAUACAAGCUGAAAGCGCUUUAGAUGGUGUCAAAGCUAUUUUCAAUUUGGGCGAUACUAAAUUAAAACAUGAUUUCGGCGGCCAUUUUCUUGGUACGACUGACAUAUGUAAGACAUAUGUUCCAUACGUCGUUGCUGUUGUUAACAUAUGCAGUGGUUACAUAUGCACAAAGGCUGCAAAGACAGCAUGUGUGACCGGAAGUGAAAUAUUGUGUUUCUCAAUACCACUUAUACUGGCGCCUUUCUUAACACCAUUUGCUCUACAAGGACUAGUAUCAUAUCCAGAUAUUUUAGAUUUCAAAGACUGCGAUAUGUUUCUCUCCCGCUGGAACCUUGAAUCUAUGGAGAAUAUUUCUGAUAGUUGGCCUCUUGUUGUUGGUGGGUUACUGUUGUAUAUAUCUUUACUAUUUGUUACAAGCUUCAUAUGGACGACCAAUGGCUUUAUAUUAGGAAAAACUCAAAGAAUGUUUAUAACACCUAUGUACUGUGGUAUACAUACAGACAUGUCGUUACUACUGAACAGAAGUCAAAAUGACAAAGAGUUCGACUUUAUCAGAGACAUGGAGAGAAACAAAAGAAUUGAAAAAGAGAAAAAAAGAACCAACCAAGAACAUGACAAAUGCAAUAAAGUAGACGAACGUUCAAAGAUUUAUGCUUGUGCCACAAUGUGGCAUGAAACUGAAAUGGAAAUGACGCAACUAUUGAAAUCAAUAUUCAGAAUGGAUAAACACCAUCACAUGAUAAAAACUGCUAGACAAUCCAAUGUAGAAAAAAGCAACUUACUUGACUACGAUUUUGAAGCUCAUAUCUUUUUUGACGACGCAUUUGAGAGCCCGAGGACAGAUGAAGAUUUCCCGGAUGUAAAUGAGUAUGUGAAAAUUCUGAUCAAGGUAAUGGAUACAGCUGCAAGUGCCGUGCAUCGAACCGUUAUACAGCUUGAAGACUAUGAAAUGGUUAGGACGCCGUACGGAGGAAGACUUACAUGGAAAUUGUUGGGAGGAAAUUCUCUUGUUUGUCAUCUGAAAGACAAAACGAAAAUACGACACAAAAAACGAUGGAGUCAGGUGAUGUAUAUGUACUACUUCCUCAGUCAUCGGCUUCCCAAUAAAAUCGACAGAAUUGUUGAUAAUUCUUACAACACGUUCUUACUGGCACUAGAUGGCGAUGUAGAUUUUCAACCGGAAGCGGUUAUGCAUCUUGUCCGUCGAAUGAAAAAGAAUCCAAUGGUUGGCGCUGCAUGUGGAAGAAUUCAUCCUAUUGGCCACGGUCCACUUGUGUGGUAUCAAAAGUUUGAGUAUGCAGUUAGCCACUGGCUUCAAAAGGCCACAGAACAUGUUAUUGGAUGUGUACUAUGUAGUCCUGGAUGCUUCAGUUUGUUCCGAGGCUCUGCAGUAAUGGACGUCUUGAGAACGUAUACAACUGAACCAUCUGAAGCUAGGCAUUUUAUACAGUACGAUCAAGGUGAAGACCGAUGGCUGUGCACAUUACUAUUAAAACAAGGACACCGUGUUGAAUACUGUGCUGAAAGUGAUGCACUGACCUAUGCUCCAGAAGGAUUCAAUGAGUUUUAUAACCAACGUCGGCGCUGGACUCCGUCAACAAUGGCCAACAUCUUAGAUUUGUUAACAGAUUGUCGCGCUACUGUGACACAGAAUCAAAGUAUCUCAACCCUUUAUAUGGCCUACCAGCUGUUUCUAUUUAUAUCAUCAUUGCUUACCCCCGGAACUAUAUUUUUGAUGAUCGUGGGCGCCAUUAUAGUAGGGUUUCCGUCUGUUCCACCAUGGUUGUCAUUGACUUUGAACCUUAUUCCUGUUGGAUUGUUUAUGUUGUCUUGUAUAUUCACAAAAUCAGAAACACAAUUACUGUUUGCUGGGAUUUUGUCAGCGAUCUACUCCAUUGUUAUGUUGCUGGUAUUGGUAGGAAUCGUCAAAGAAGCGGCAGAAGAAGAAUUCUGUUCUGUCACUACAGUUUUCUUAUGCUUCGUGGCAGGAGUAUUUAUCAUCUCGGCAGUUUUACACCCAAAGGAGUUCUCGUGCAUCAUGCAUGGAAUUUUAUACUUUGUUUCCAUUCCAUCAAUGUCUAUGUUGUUAGUUCUAUAUUCCCUUGGCAACCUACACGUGGUUUCUUGGGGGACAAGAGAGGUCAAACAGCCAGUGACACAAGAAAAUAAAGCGUCGAACCAAAUAAAAGACACAGAAUCAGGAUACACACUGUCUCUUGGGAAAAUAUUUAGGUGUAUUUGUUGUCCUACUGGGGGAUUACAAAAACAGGACAGUGUGUACCAGACAAUACUAGACAGAAUAAAGUCGCUUGAACAUCAAAUCAAAAAUACUUCAGCUGAUGAACAUAAGCUGCAAUCAAACAUUGACAAAGACGUAGAAAAUGCCACAAACUUAGAGGAAACGAAAGUAGCUGUCACUGACGUCAGUAUCACAAUUCAUAGUGACAAAAUCCAAGAAGUUACGAAGACUGUAAAUUUUAAGACGGCAAAGCAAUUACCCAAAGUAGAAGAAACGUUUUGGGAACAGCUAAUUGAAAAGUAUUUGAAACCGUUAGAGAAAAAUGAUGCAAAGGAAAAGAUGAUUAAAGAAGAACUAAUAGCACUCCGAAACAAAUGUUGCUUGUUUUUCUUUCUAAUAAAUGCUUUUUUAGUAACUUUAAUUUACGCUUUGACACAGACUUCCGCCUAUAGCGGUACUCUCUCAAUAAAGAUCGAAUGUAUGUCAAUUGAACCGAUAUCUGUGACUUUCACCAUUGUCUUUGGAAUUCUUCUGUGUAUUCAAUUCAUUUGUAUGCUGUUCCAUCGGAUGUCGACACUGAUUCAUAUUACCGCGACUACAUCCAUCAAAGAAAAACCUGAUGAGAUAGCAAAUCUCCUCCUAGCCAUUCAAGUUUUGCAAAGAUCAGGUUCAGUAGAUAGCAGAAUAUCCGCCAGGACAGAAGACUAUCAAAAUGUAUUCGAAGAAAAGAAAAAGAAAGAAAUACAACGUAUGAUCACAAAGGAAAGGCACAAGAAAGGGAGAUUACUCCAUCUCGAUCAAGUAGUCAGAGAACGUUUAGAGGCUAUUCCAGUUUACGAUGAGAUUGAUGGUCCGAACAAUAAAAUUGAACAACAUGACGACAAUCUUCGACAGUUUGGUCAUCUAACAGGAAAAGAACGAGAAGCUAUGAGGACAUUUCUCAAUGGGAAACAGAAAAAUCUCUUGAAAAGGAAACUAGAAACGAAUGUUACUUUGAAUGAGAAUACAACUCAGCUUUAAUUUUCAUGCAUAAUGAAAAUAUUUUCAAAUGAGUUGUUAUUGAUUCUAUUCAUUAAAGUGCACUUUAUUUCAUAUAUUAAAAUGAUAUGUUAUCGUCUUUCACAUGUAA